CUAGGUCCAGCUCGCCUCUGGCGUCCUCGCUCACCCCCGCGUUCUGGCCUCUGCUCACGCCGCCUCCAGCGCCUGUCUCCACCGCUCGGCCUCCUGCGCCUGGCCGCCAGGCUCGCCUCCGGUGCUCCUUUGCUGUGUUUCUCGCGGACGCCGUAAUGAAGGCCCUCGCCAUCCCUCUUGAACUCCCCUUUUCGCAUUUAUGUUUCUCAGCAAGUUCGAAUGCCAUGUUAAUGUCGUCUCCAUCGUCCAAUCUUCUGCCAUGGCCGCUGCAACACUGCAGCUUGCUGUGUGCGGUGCCAGGGCGGCAACAACUCACCUCUGCUGCCCAUAGAGUGUUCGACAAAAUGUCUAGCAGCCUUAACACAUGGAGGUAUUGACUCAUGUUCCAGCACAAUACGUCAGAUGCGGGAUCAGUUUCAUCAUUGUAUAUUCAAAUCGUACAUAACAAGCGUGAUUGAAAAGGGCGCAGCGAAGCGCGCUUGCAAUUUUCCCCAGGCUAAUUUGAUUCGUGACAUGGAAAUUGCUGCUACCUAUCGGUGUCGCCGUAAAUCCCCCGCUCCAUCCAUCGCCUCCCAGCUUGCAGGAAUUCAAUGUUGAUUGGCAAAAAGCAGCUGCUACUCUUCUUGUCGCCAUAGGUUCACAUGAUCCAGACUUGAUGAUGGAGGAAAUAUUUCUUCACUUCUCUGGACCAACUUCUGCUUUGCCCACCCUGUUACAGAUACUUGCAGAUUUUGCCUCAGCUGAAGCCUUGCAGUUUACCCCACGGUUAAAGGACGUGCUUUUGCGUGUUUUACCUAUCCUAGGAAGUGUACGAGAUGGCCAACGGCCUGUUUUUGCAAAUGCAUUCAAGUGUUGGUGCCAGGCUGCAUGGCAGUACCUAGGAGAUGCCCCCUCUGAGCUUCCUUUUGACUCUGAUGUUAUGUCCUUCAUGAAUUCAGUAUUUGAAUUACUGAUAAAAGUAUGGACAGGUUCACGUGAUCUAAAGGUGCGGUCAUCCUCUGUGGAGGCUUUGGGAGAAAUGGUUGACUUGGUCACUAGGUCACAGUUGAAAUCAGCAUUGCCAAGGAUUAUACCAACAAUGCUGGAUCUAUGCAGGAAAGAUCAGGAAGUUGCUUUUGUUGCGUCUCACAGUCUUCACAACCUUCUUAAUGCAUCGUUAUUGUCUGAAAGUGGCCCCCCUUUACUUGAUUUUGAGGAGCUUACUGUUAUCUUGAUUACGCUUCUUCCAUUAGUAUCUGUCAAUAAUGGCAAAGAUGAGCAUUAUGUUUCAAAGGGAUUGAAGACAUACAAUGAGCUCCAGCAUUGCUUUUUGGUGAUUGGUUUAGCAUAUCCCGAGGAUCUUUGCAUGUUCCUUUUAAAUAAAUGCAAGUCAAAAGAUGAAGCAUCUAUUGUUGGGGCACUUAGCACAAUAAAACACCUAUUGCCCAGAUUAUUGGAAUCAUGGCAUACUAAACAAGCAUCUCUGGUUGAAAUCGUGAAAUCACUUUUAGAGCACCAGAGCUUGGGCAUACGUAUGGCGCUAGCUGAGCUAAUUGUUGUUAUGGCUUCACACUGCUAUUUGAGUGGGCAACCUGCUGAGCUGGCUGUUGAGUUCUUGGUGCGGCAUAGUGCUAUAACUGAUGAUGAUCUAAAUGAUCUUGGCACUCUAAAAAAUGAGUACUUCCAGGACAAAAGAUUUGAGAUGAAAGUAAGUCUUGCUGGCUUAUCAGAACUAAGAGCUGUAUGUGAAAAGGGUCUACUUUUACUAGCAAUCACCAUUCCUGAAAUGCAGCUUGUUCUGUGGCCAUUCAUCUUGAAAUUAAUAAUUCCGAAGAAGUAUACUGGUGCGGUAGCUACGGUCUGCAAAUGCAUAACUGAGUUGUGUAGGCACAAAUUGUCGCACAUGAACCCACUAUAUACUGAAUUUAAUGCAUCAAACGAUACCCCCAAUCCUGAGGAUUUAUUUGCUCGUUUGGUUGUGCUUAUGCAUAAUCCACUUGCUAGGGGCCAACUGGCCACCCAGAUCCUGACGGUUCUGUGCUACCUGGGUCCACUUUUCCCCAGAAACCUUUCUUUAUUUUGGCAAGAUGAGGUCCCUAAGAUGAAAGCUUACAUCAGUGAUCCUGAAGACCUUAAGCAAGAUAGCACAUACCAGGAAAUAUGGGAUGACAUGAUAAUAAAUUUUUUAGCAGAAUCUUUGGAUGUUGUGAAUGAUACUGAGUGGGUCAUUUCCUUGGGUGAUGCAUUUGCAAGGCAGUAUGAUCUGUAUGCUAUAUCUGACGAACAUUCUGCUUUACUGCACAGGUUCCUCUCAUUUUUCUCAUUUGGUGCAAUUGCAAAAGUGGAAGAUGUGGAUGAUACAUACGCAGCAUUGGCAUUGAUGUAUGGUUAUGCUGCAAGAUAUGCUCCAUCAACUGUUAUCGAAGCCAGAAUUAAUGCACUUGUGGGCACUAAUAUGCUUGGAAGGCUGCUUCAUGUUCAGCAUCCUACUGCAAAGCAAGCUGUCAUUACUGCAAUCGACCUUUUAGGCCGAGCUGUUAUUAGUGCUGCUGAAAUGGGAAUAUCAUUCCCACUGAAACGAAGAGAUCAGUUGCUGGAGUACGUUUUUAACUCUAAUGGGUAGGGAUCAAAUAAUGAUCUCACUGAUUUCAACACUGAGCUUUUGCACACGCAGAGUCUUGCUUUAAGUGCCUGUACUACUCUUGUUUCAUUAGAACCAAGAUUACCAAUGGAAACAAGAAACCGUGUCAUGAAGGCAACAUUAGGUUUUUUUGCAUUGCC